UGUGACGACAGCUCCGCGGUGUACAGCUGAUCGCAGCGGACCCAGAUCCUCGUCACUGUUGUUGUUUUUAAUGUGAACACCUGGAGCCCACGGCACCACGCGCCGCGCUCUCCCCGCGGACACCUGCAGCGCGUGAAGCGGACACGCGAGACAUGUCACGACCCCGUUAUCUGCUCGUGGAGCUGUGACAUCACCAAGGCCUACCUGUCAUGCUCACGAGCUAGCUGUCACCGUUAGCACGAGACAUGCUGCGUUCAGGGACGAUGAAGGACUGCGGGAAACUGCGGUUCAAGAGUCAUUUAAGCUAAGCUAGGCUAAGCUAACAGCUGUAGAGCCGUCUGUGUGGGGACUGUUGACCUGUAGGUACAAACACACACACACCCACACACACACUCACACACUCACACACUCACACAGAGGUAGUCCAGGAUGUAGAUCUAUUCCCUGCUGGCUGUAAAGAGAUCCUCUGGAGUCAUAACACAGACACACAGCAGCUCUGUGACUGCUGCUGAGAAGUGCUCUGUCUCUGAAGAUCUUUAGGGUCUCUGAGAGUCUUUGGGGGUGUCUGAAGGUCUGUCAGAGUCUCUGAGACUCUCCAAGGGUCUCUUGGAUCUCUGAGGAUCCCUAGUUCAGCUCCAGGAUGUGGCUCCGCCUCUUCUUCCUGCUGCUGUACUUCCUGCUACUCUUCCUGUUGGCGAGGAUCUUUGAGGCGGUGGUCUGGUAUGAGACCGGGUCGUUUUCCACCCAACUGGUUGACCCUGUCUCUCUGAGCUACAAGAAGCUGAAGACCAUCCUGGAGACUCGGGGACUUGGAUACUCUGGACUUGCUGAGAAGAGGGAUGUGAGCGAGUUGGUAGAGAAGUCAGGUGAGCUGACUCAUGGUGAGCUGUACUCAGCAAUGAAGAAGGAGACAGAGCAGACAGAGGCUGGGGACUCGAGCAGCACUAACUUCAGUGGAGAGAUGCACUUUUACGAGUUAGUGGAGGACACCAAGGAUGGAAUCUGGCUGGUUCAGGUCAUCGCCCAGGACCGGGAUGCUCUGCUCACUCAGUCUAAUUGGGGGAAAAUGGUGCAGAAAGUGUCCCAGUUUGGGAUCAGAACUGGAACCUUCAACUGCUCUAAUGACCACAGGUCAUGUAUCAGGCGUGGCUGGCAGCGUUCCACCCUCAUCAUGGCGGUUCCUCAGACGUCAGCGUCGAAGGGAAAAGUCAUGCUCAGAGAAUAUGACGGCCGGCGCAUUGAGACAGAACACAUCUUCCGCUGGAUGACCUCACAUGUUUCCCAGCGGAUCAAAACUCUGCACCGCACUGAGCAGCUGAAGGAGGAGUGGCGCUCCGACCCUGCUCAUCCGGUGAAAAUGUUUUUGUUUGCACGUCUGUCACAGCCGCCCACCUUCUUCUCCUCUCUGUCUGUUAAGUUUACCGGCAGAAUAGAUUUCAUCUUCGUGGACAUCCGUCACUGGGACAACCACAGCAGUCUAUCAGAAAUCGGAGUGACACAUCAGAGCUCUGCCUACAUCCUCAAGAUGCCUGAGGGCAUUUAUCGCUAUGGCAACAGUACAGGGGAGUUCCUGUCCCUGUUUGCCAUGGAUACAUUCCUGCGAUCCGUCCAGCCUGAAGUCAAUGACCUGUUUGUCCUCAGUCUGGUUCUGAUCAACCUUCUGGCCUGGAUGGACCUCUUCAUCACCCAGGGAGCGACCGUCAAACGGUUUGUGGUUCUGAUCCGAACUCUCGGAACAUAUAAUUCCAUCCUGCUGGUGUCAUGGCUUCCUGUUCUGGCUCUCCUGCAGCUCCCUUACCUGGAUGCUCUGUACGGCUACAGUCUGAAGCUGCUCAGGUAUGCUGACACCACCAUGCUGGCCAGUCUGGUGAGAGCAGAUUGGACCUUCUACUCAUCACAUCCCGCUCUCUUCCUGUCUACAUACCUGGCUCACGGCCUGCUGGUCGACUACUUUGAAAAGAAACGCCGCUGCGGUCCCAGGAGUCAGGAGGACAGCACCACCAACCUGGAGUGGCUGGCCAGUCUGUGGGACUGGUACACCUCCUACCUGCUCCACCCAAUCACCUCCCUGCAGCAGAUCCCUUCUGAUCACUCAGACUGGGACGAGGAUCCAAACUUCUUAUUGGAACGCCUGGCUUUCCCUGAUCUCUGGCUCCGCCCUUUAGUAAACACAGACUACAUUAAAGCCCUGCCCACAUGGAGGUUUAGGAGCGGAGCGGAAGGGGCGGGGUCUGACGAAGAAGCCGAUAAAGAGACAGAUGGUUCUUGUUCAGACUCAGAGAGCAGCGAACGUGACGGAGGUCCAAGAAGCAGGUCAUCAUCAGCCCAGGACAGCAGCACACUCAGUGACCCUGCAGCGUCGGGCCAUCAUUAUGGAAUUGGAGACCUGCCAUCUAACAGGCCGCCGGAGCAUCAGCCCUGUGAUUGGUCAGUUUGGCCUUGUGACGUGCUGCACUGCUCAGAGUGUGUGGUAUGUCUGGAGAACUUUCUCAACGAGGAGCUGCUGAUGGGUCUUCCAUGUGGCCAUGCCUUCCACCAGCAAUGCAUUAUGGUCUGGUUAGCAUCAAGCCGACACUGCUGCCCUGUGUGUCGCUGGCCGAGUUACAAGAAGAAACAGCAGAGGGCGAAAGCGAGCAGCUCAGACCAACACUCACUACAGGGCUGAUAAGUCUUCUGGGCUCUGUUCUGGUGGCUAAUGACUCUUGACCUUUUCAGUCCUAACUCAGAGCCCAUUAGCAUCACAGCUAGCUAAGCACCAAGCAGCUCAGCAGGGCGAAACUGUAGGACUCCUGUAACUGAAUCUUUUGUACUUCAAGUCCUCUCUCUGAUCUCAUGGGAAUGGAACUAAGUCAGAAACAGCAUUACAAGAUGCUCAACACACUCACUGAGCAACCACGCUGUUAGCAUCAAAGCGAGCUAAGGACUUCUCUGUUUUGUCUAUGAGGGAGGGUGGGGUGUUGUACACUUUCAUGUGAAAGAGUAUACAUACUCUAAUGCCAGAUGGUCAACAUGGAAACAUGGAAACAGAUUAUUCAUAUAAACUGAAAUCUGAAGGCAGAGCUAACUUUAUGUGCAAUAAAACAUCUAUUAGUUUAGUCUUGUUGUCCUGAGACCUGACUUUAUCAUGUUGACAGUACCAGGUGAAUCAGCCUGACUUCAUCAUUCUGACAGUAACAGGUGACUCACCCUGACUUCAUCAUUCUGACAGUACCAGGUGACUCACCCUUACUUCAUCAUUCUGACAGUACCAGGAGAAUCACCCUGACUUCAUCAUGCUGACAGUACCAGGUGACUCACCCUGACUUCAUAAUGCUGACAGUACCAGAUGACUCACCCUGACUUCAUCAUUCUGACAGUACCAGAUGACUCACCCUGACUUCAUAAUGCUGACAGUAUCAGAUGACUCACACUGACUUCAUCAUUCUGACAGUACCAGGUGACCCACCCUGACUUCAUCAUUCUGACAGUACCAGAUGACUCACCCUGACUUCAUAAUGCUGACAGUAUCAGAUGACUCACACUGACUUCAUCAUUCUGACAGAACCAGGUUACUCACCCUGACUUCAUCAUUCUGACAAUUCCAGAUGACUCCCCCUGACUUCAUCAUGCUGACAGGACCAGGUGAAUCCCCCUGAUUUCAUCAUGCUAACUGUACCAGGUGAAUCACCCUGACUCCAUCUUCUGACAGUACAGAUGACUCCCCCUGACUUUAUCAUGUGACAGUACCAGGUGAAUCCCCCUGAUUUCAUCAUGCUGACAGUACCAGAUGACUCACCCUGACUUCAUCAUUCUGACAGUACCAGGUGACUCACCCUGACUUCAUCAUUCUGACAGUACCAGAUGACUCACCCUGACUUCAUCAUUCUGACAGUACCAGGUGACUCACCCUGACUUCAAUCAUUCUGACAGUACCAGAUGACUCACCCUGACUUCAUCAUGCUGACAGUACCAGGUGACCCACCCUGACUUCAUCAUGCUGACAGUACCAGGAGAAUCACCCUGACUUCAUCAUGCUGACAGUAUCAGAUUGACUCACACUGACUUCAUCAUUCUGACAGAACCAGGUGACUCACCCUGACUUCAUCAUGCUGACAGUACCAGGUGACUCACCCUGACUUCAUCAUACUGACAGAACCAGGUGACUCACCCUGACUUCAUCAUUCUGACAGAACCAGGUGAAUCUCCCUGACUUCAUCAUGCUGACAGUACCAGGUGACUCACCCUGACUUCAUCUUCUGACAGAACCAGGUGACUCACCCUGACUUCAUCAUUCUGACAGAACCAGGUGACUCACCCUGACUUCAUCAUGCUGACAUUACCAGGAAAAUCACCCUGACUUCAUCAUUCUGACAGAACCAGGUGACUCACCCUGACUUCAUCAUGCUGACAGUACCAGGUGACCCACCCUGACUUCAUCAUGCUGACAGUACCAGGAGAAUCACCCUGACUUCAUAAUGCUGACAGUAUCAGAUGACUCACACUGACUUCAUCAUUCUGACAGAACCAGGUGACUCACCCUGACCUCAUCAUUCUGACAGUACCAGGUGACUCACCCUGACUUCAUCAUACUGACAGAACCAGGUGACUCACCCUGACUUCAUCAUUCUGACAGAACCAGGUGAUCCCCUGACUUCAUCAUGCUGACAGUACCAGGUGACUCACCCUGACUUCAUCAUUCUGACAGAACCAGGUGACUCACCCUGACUUCAUCAUUCUGACAGAACCAGGUGACUCACCCUGACUUCAUCAUGCUGACAGUACCAGGAGAAUCACCCUGACUUCAUCAUUCUGACAGAACCAGGUGACUCACCCUGAUUUCAUCAUGCUAACUGUACCAGGUGAAUCACCCUGACUCCAUCAUUCUGACAGAACGCUGAAGUCAGGGUGAGUCACCUAGUUCUGACAGUACCAGAUGACUCACUCUGACUGCAUCAUGCUGACAGUUCCAGCUUGAUCACCUGAUCCUUGACUCCAUGAGGCUGUCCAUUUAGUGCAUAUUGAAAUGGAUGAUGUCAGAUUGGAUCUGGGUGAAGCAAAGAGAUUCACAGCACCCCCUGCUGACUUGCUGCAGGACAGAGCAAGGGAUUGUGACGUCACACCCAGUCACUCGCGCUUGCUGGUGGGUCUAACUGCCGUCCUGUGUGACAUAUGUCUAUGGUGUAGCCUCCACUGAUUGGUAGGUUGAUAAGACAUGAGCUUCAUUAUAGCUUAUUUACUGUGACUUCUCUCUUAAAGUACAAUUUAGCUGUUGGAGGAAGGAUUUUUUGUGGCGUAGGCUGUAAUGUCUGUUCACACGACAGACAAGAUGAAAGAUCAGGAUUGUCUUUUUGGAGGCAGAACCAAGGAAGCUCUAUCUAUACAACCUCACUAAGAGAAGAAGAAUGGCUUGGAUAUCAGCUGUACGACAUACAGACAUAAAGUUUUCCAUCAUCCACAGACCGUUAAAAGUGUGCUAAAGACAUUCAGUCAUUAUAAUAACAGUCCAAAAUGAAUGUAAAAUAAGUUUAGCACUCAAGUAGGUCACAUCUUAACUUGGUUUUGUUCUGUUCCCAUUUGCAGCAGGAUAGUUCAAACUUCAAGGCUGUCUGCUGUAUGUUCACCUGUGCACAUGCAAAGCAGUUAUUAAAAAAUGUAUAAUAAC